GUAUACACAUUAUUGUCCUAACCAGGCAUCCGUAUAUGUCGGUAUGAGGACGAACAAAGUUUAUGUCGCUAGCGAUGCAGCUGAUAACCGAUACUCAAGCUGAAGGAUGAGGACGUGAAUGUUUGCUAAACGCAGUCCUAGAAACGAGGGAAACAAGGAUUUAUUGCACAUGUAGAAUGCAACAGAGGGUUUUUGCACUGUCUUCUUGCAGUCUGAUGAUUUCGAAGGUGAAGUUGUGACACAUCCAAGUCUACCUGCUAGCCUCAAUGCGACAAUUCGCUGCAAUAAAUAUACCGGGCUAUAUCAACUGGAUCAGCAGGGGUUGUGUGAUCUAAGAGAUAUGGCUGAGCUGCGGUGUAGAAAAGUUCUGGGUGAGAAAGAGGAACGUCCAAACGGUGAAGUUGACUGGCAACAUACAGCAAAUUCGGAUUCUAGCCCUGAGGAUGAGUCAGGAAUCGGCCAAACAAACAGUCCAGACCCCAUUUCAGGUGGUGAUACAGUUCCAGAAUCAGAUGCAGUUCCAGAAUCGGACUCUGUUCCAGAAUCAGAUACAGUUCCAGAAUCAGAUACAGUUCCAGAAGAUGCGGUGGACUCCUCCCUCCUCGGCGCUGAGGAGGAGGAUAAAAAAGAAGAGGUGGAGAACAUGUCCCCUACCAAGUCACCGAGCAGCAAAUCUGUCAUUCUUCAGCGGGUGGUGAAGGUGUUCUUUGGUUGCCUGGCAGCUGUGACCUGUGGCAUGAUGUAUGCCGUGUACCUCUCCACCUACCACGAGAGGAUGUUCUGGUUCUCCACCCGACAGGAGGUUGAGCGCGAACUGACCUUCCAGGGGGGCAGUGCCAUGUACUACUACUACUACAAACACAUGCUCUCCGCACCCUCUUUUGAGAAAGGCGUAUAUGAUCUCAUGCGGGACAACAGGACGGUGUCUGGUCAGACCAUCAACGCUGUGGAGACGCUCUCCCUCUACCCAGAGCUCAUCACCAGCCUGCUCUACCGGCUCACUUGGAGUCAAGAUGUGAUCGAGCCGGUGUACUUCUACAUCGGGGUGGUGUUUGGCCUGCAGGCGGUGUACGUGACGGCACUCUUCAUCUCAAGCUGGGUCAUGAGUGGCACCUGGGUGGCAGGCAUGCUGGCCGUGGCCUGGUACAUCAUCAACAGAUCGGACGCCACUAAGGUGGAGUACGCCAUCCCUCUGAGAGAGAACUGGGCGCUGCCAUACUUCUCCUGCCAGGUUGCCGCCCUCACCGGCUUCCUUAGCAACAACAUCAGCUCUGCUGCAGAGAUGUUCUGUUAUCUCCUGAUGAGUGUGACGACCUUCACGUUUCUGGCGGUAUGGGAACAGAGCCAUUAUGUGCUGUUUGUGCAGGGACUCGCUCUCUUCCUGCUCGACACCUUUGACCUCGUGCCACAGCGCAAGAUGGCGGACAUCCACAAGGUGUACCUGAGCUCCCUGCUGUUGGCCUACCUGCUGCAGCACCAGAAGACUGACCUCCUCACCUCCCCUCUGCUCAGUCUGCUCAUCGCAAGCCUGCUGGCCAGGUACUUCCAGAAGAACAUGAAGAAGGGCCCUCUGGUAGCGCGGCUGAUGAAGAUCCUUCUCCACUUCUACCUGGUCUUCACCACCGCCAUCACCUUCAACUACGUGAUAAAGAAAAUCCUUAAUGUCGAUGAGAGUGACUUCACUCUAAAGUUCCUGCAGGUGAAGUUUGGACUCAACACCUCAACUGACUUCAUCACUAACCUGCUGCUGUGUCAGGAGGCGUUCCUGGCGCCCACCCAGGACUUCUUCCUGCGUCUGACCCACGCCUCCGUGCUGCCUUUCUACCUGCUGGUGCUGCUGGUGUGUCUGGCCUCCACCCUGCACACCAUCUACAGGAGGCUCAGUGGGGAGCCAAUGAAGCUGAACCUGCGUCUUGAGGACGGGCGAAUCGGGGAGCAGCCCGAGGUCAUCUACCACGUCUUUCACACCCUGCUUUUCGGGGCGCUCGCCAUGGUGUUUGAAGGGUUGAAGUACCUGUGGACGCCGUACGUGUGCAUGUUCACGGCCUUUGGCGUGUGUUCUCCUGAGCUGUGGAUGACCGUGUUCAGAUGGCUCCGGCUCCGAUCCAUUCAUCCUGUGGUGCUGGCUUUGAUUCUGAGCACAGCUGUUCCCACCAUCAUUGGCUUCAGUCUGUGGAGAGAGUACUUUCCACGGGUCCUGGCCGAGCUGUCGGAGCUGCAGGAGUUCUACGAUCCAGACGCAGUAGAGCUCAUGAACUGGAUAAAGUCUCAGGUCCCUACCGCUGCUGUGUUUGCAGGCAGCCCUCAGCUGUUGGGGAUGGUGAAGUGUUCUGGUCUCACGGUGACGAGUCUACCUCUCUACACAGACGUCAACCUGCUGAAGAGGAGUGAGAGCGCGUAUCAGGUAUACGCCAUGAGGUCAGCGGAGGACGUCUACAAGCUGCUGACGGCGCACAAGAGCAGCUACGUCAUCAUCGAGGAGUCGCUGUGCAACGAGAUGAGCCCGGCCAAGGGCUGCCGUGUCAAAGACCUGCUGGACUACUCCAACGGCCACGUGGUUUAUGACAAAGGGGAGAUGUACGCCUUCUCCAAACACGGACGCUUUUGUCACGAGAUCAAGAUGAACUACUCCCCCUACACAAACUACUUCACCCGAGUCUUCUGGAACCGAUCGUACCACGUGUACAAGGUCAACUCCGUCAUCUCCUUUCAGUACUGAGUGAUCUCUCCACGUGUCCAAGGUCAACUCCGUCAUCUCCCUUCAGUACUGAGCACUGAGGUCUGCGGCGGGCUCAUCGCUCUCCCUUCACCUCCGCAGCUCCUCCGUCCCAACCAACAACAUGGGACAUGAGAGACGGGCAAACAGCAGAACAGUCUUGUGUUUCUCUCUCCCUCUCCCCCCCCGCCCUCUCUAUCUCCUUCUAUCCCGCUCUCUCUCCCUCUCUCUCUCUCUCUCUCUCUCUCUCAGGAGAAAGAACACAGUCAAUGGUGUUGGUAUACUUCUGUUCAGGUCAAGAGAGAGAGGAACCCUGUUUGUCACACCAGUAGAAAAGCCCAAAGAGGAGUUCAAAUGAGUCUAGUUCAGUGGUGUUAGACAGGAGGGGGAAAGCCUUGCAUUGAGUGGUGCUGUGGACGAGCAGCUCUCUGUGUCUUGUGUGUGGUGUACUGGGGUGUUGUGCUAAAAUGGUGAAAUGUGUAUGUGUGUGGAGUAGGGGUUAUGGUCCACCGUCUUCAAAUCCGCAUUGUUUUAAAAGAGAUUUUUUUCCCUCAUCCAUUCUCACAUUGUGUGUGGGGGGGGGUGGG